GUUAGCAUGUUAUCUAAACUGAAUGAGGUCAGAAUUUUUCAUACAGUUUAAAUACCUAUUUCUUAAAUGUAAGUAAAAUGUUAUUGUUAUUGUUAUAAUAAGUAAGACUUAAUAGACGGAUGCAUUCGAUUCCACUGGAUAAGAUUACAUAUUUAGACUGACGAACAUUAACUUCUCGCUUAUUUGAUGAUAUAAAAAUGAGGAAACUGAAACCAAAUAUUCACAAAACUUCUAGUCAAUGCUGUGUUGAUGUGUCGAAUACAUUGAGGUCUAAAGACAGAGUUGCACAAAUGCAGUCAUAUUUUUUGAAAAGUUAAACAUUUCUUCUUUGUAAGUACAAUUUCAUAGUAAAUGUAUGUCUUAGAUUAAACGUGGUCAGGUUAAUUGAAUUAUGUUAGAUAAGAUUACAUUUCUACAUUGUCAGGAAAAAAAAUUGGAAGACUGAAAUGGUAAAACAGACAAACUCAAAGACAGGAAAAAUAAGAAAAAGAAGUAGGCAUGUAGACAAAUAGGUAGACAUAUAUUUCAUUUUCAUUAACAUUUUUAACUAAUUAUGUAAACCCUGUUACUUGGUGGGUCUGCGAUGGAAAAUAUAAGCACUAUGUCUUUAAUGGUCAUUUGUAUGUCCCUCUGGUUAACUUAUUUGCAAAUGCCUCUCAUACCAUUAUUUAUGAUAUUUCAAUGUAAUAAAGUAUACUGGACCAGAAGUUAAAUAACGUAGCACAGUGUUUAAAAAAAAGUCUAGGAGACCAUUGGAUACGUUUACCACUACAGAGGGCCAGUGCAUUUUUUAAAAAUAUAAUUUUGAAAACCUCCCUAAAUAUGUCCUAUUUUCUUUAUAUUAGGUGAUAUUGCUAGCACAUUAGACUAAGUUCUAUUUCUUUAUGCUAGUUUUCCUAAACUAGUUUUAAGUUGUUUUUUUGUUUCAUGUUGUGCGGAAAGGCAACCAAAUAUUACGUACCUGUGCCGGUACACGAGACAUUGGUCAAUACUGAUCACUCAACUUGCUGAAGGCAAACUUUUUUUUUUUAGACGUGCUGUUCAGAAUAUUUCUUUCGUUUUUUUUUUUUUUUGGUGGGGGGGGGGUGGAAGAAUUGUAUAGGACUCGAUAUGUCUUAUAUGUAUUAUCAUAAUAAAUCACAUAUUGCGUAUCCUAUAGAAAGGAAGAUUUAUUAUGUGUAGGAAAAAAUAUUUCCCUUUGGUGAGAUGUAAACGCAGACGUUUAUUAAUACAUUGUUUUUGAAACAAACAUUGAAUGGCACAAUACUCUUUCUCACAUCAGUGAAAAGAUUCACCAGUUUUUUUUUUUCACUUUGACAUUUAUUGAGGCUCAAAGUUAAAUCACCUGUUAUCAAAAUUAAUGGCAUCAUAAAAGUUAGACAGCAACAUGAUGACACUAUAUAAAUGGGCUGUAUAAACCAAUGUCCUGGAACUGAUGUGGUUACAUGUUGUAGUUUUAUGUCCUUUUUCUAGUGUUCCCAAUCGAUGAUAAUUUAGAGACACAUUUUAUAUACAAACAUCAAUUAAAUUUAACAUCAGUAGAUGAAAAAUUAACAUACAAUUGGUCCAAUAUUUCUACCCCACUCUCUGAUGAACACAUGUUGAAGAUCAAUAUCGCAAAGUAACAAAAAACGAUCAAUAAAUUUAAAAAAAAAAAUAUUGUAAUGCAGUUAUGAAGCUGCUCUAAUCAGGAAAUUGUAACGUUUGUUCAGGCAUGUGUGCUCAUUAGGCGUCAGUAUAACAGUGAACUGUGGAUAACAAUUUUCCAGUAAUGAGUGGAAAAUCACCAACUUUCACAAAAUGGGCAAAAGGGAGGUGAUCUUCUUAACACCGUUCUAAUUGCUAACAGCAGUUUAUGUACAGUAAAAUAAGCCCAAGGUUCGCGAAUUGUAGGCCAUGCAACAAAAAUAGCUUAACGAAAGACUAAAGUGUAUGCAAAGCUAAGGUUGUCCUUCGAGAUAUGCAGAUGAGCCUGUCAAUUCAUGAUAAGUCUUCUAAGCCAUUUUAUGAAGUGUCAAAAAACAGAAUCGACACAAACAUGCGGAGCAAUUCUAUAUAAAAAUGUACACCAUACGUCAAUACUUUGUAAGAAAUAUAGUGAUAGCUCUUUGUUGCUUUAGUCAACGCCAAGUCAGUGCCAAGGUUAAUGUCACGUGAGAGAUAUUUUUGGGCAGGGAUCACAAAUCUUUAUUUCAAAUAGGGCUGAUAAAAAAACGAGGGCAGACCCCAUAACAAAUAUGUACAAUACCUGUGAGCCAGAACGAAAGUCUGUGAAAAAUCACAAAAGACUAAGAUAAGUACUUUAUGUUCAUCAUAGGUAAAUGGCGUGCAAUGCAGAAACAAAAUAGAAAAUCAACAUUUUUAGUGACUUAAAAAGGUUUUUUUAAAAAAGAGACGUUUAAAAAAAGAUAUUUACAUUAGCCUAAUGCCAGAUAACCGAAUAUCACAAGCUAAUCAGCGAACAGGGUCAGCUAGAUUGUGAAACUAACAUUUUGCUUUCAAGAUAUCCUCAGUGUUUGGAUUGAAGUUGCUGCAUCCAAUCAAGAGGUUUAAAAAAAAUGUUAACAGCAAAUCUCGAUGUUUUCACAUACUUCAUUUUUGUAACAUUUGGCUCAUAGACACAAGUUGUUCCAAACACUGAUUGUCAAAAUGUAACUCUUAAGGUCCUGUGCUCAUCCAACCUUCGAAAUCAGAUGUUCACCCGUGGGACAUCCUUGUCUCUUACUUCAUCAUAAAGACCAGUGUUACCGACAACACAUUAAACACUGAAUAUAUUGAUAUGAGUUCGAUGCUAUAAUUUUCUUUGUGCCUCGUCAAAAACUGACGGAUCAAUGUACUUCAAUAAUGCUACUCUUAACUAAUCAAUUUAAUAGUUCAAUGAUCUAUCCAGCGAAUACUUACACACAGAAACAAACUACACCUUGAAUAUCACACAACGGUCAUCCAUACCUUAUAUCAACAACAACCAAAACGUACGUGUCAUUUCCCCUUAAACAAAUAAGUCACAACACUCUCACACAAUAGAUACAGCUGCACAUGAAAUCUCUAAACAAAACAUCGUUUCCCUACCAAAAAUAACAAUAGUAAUCUACACAUAACAACAGUGAUUUUUAUACCCUUUACACUGAUGAUAUACCAGAGACAAAUGUCAUCAAUUUCGGAAACUAGACAUUAGUGAAUCAGCUGUAGCAUUAAAGAACGUUUCCUGAAUUGUGCUUCUCUUUUUAAAAAAAGGUAUUUGCUUGCAAAUCAAUCAGCUCCAACUGAAGUUCAACUAGCACAUUAAAUUUACAAACAUAAAAAUACAGAAGAAUACCACUCUUAAUUUGACAAGACCUGAACAUUUUUAAAUACAUUUUUCUCCAAGUUACUAAUAUUUUUUUCGGAAAAAAUUAUGUUGACAUCUUAAGCGAUGUCUAUGGAAUACUCCAUCACAGCAGAAGGUGGGUGCGAAAAAGAUAUGUUUUAAAUUCAGUUUUAAUUCAGAAAGACUGCAGUGUCUGACGGUUUCAGGGGGAGACAGGAAGGAUGUUCCAAAUUAUUAGGCCAGCAAAAAUGAAAGUGCGCCUUCCAUAGCUCUCAAGGCAGACUCCCGGUAUAUAGAGUAUCAACUAUCGGAUGAGCGGAGCAGUCUAGUGGGUACAUAAGGCAUCAAGAGCGCUUUGAGAUCAAACGGCGCCAGUUCAUGCAAGCAGCGGUAGCACGCGGACAGGCAUCCAAUGCAGCUCUCUCCGAAGUGUUUUAGCAUGGUCAAAUUUUUGUUUGCUAACGAUAAUGCGAGUCGCAUUAUUCUGUGAUUUUUAAUUGUUCAGUACCGUAACUGGAAUACCCAUCAUGAGAGCUUCACAGUAUUCCACGUGUAAUAGCACAAAUGCAGACAUCAGCCUCUUCAAACAUUAAAAAUGUCUGAUAUGACUAAUUCUACGCAGCUCUAUAAAAAAACAACUGGGUUGGAAUCUUUGUUAUAUUCUGUCUCACAACAUGUCACUUGAUAACCAUAUCUCUCACAUUUGUCGCUUUUCAUAUUUCACUAUCUGUGAAAUCAGCUCCAUCCGCCACUACCGUACAAUUAGCGCAACAAAAACCCUAGUCUGUGCUUUUUUCUCUCUUGUCUUGAAUAUUGCUAUCUCUUCUAUCAGGUUCACCAAAACACUUCAUUAAAAAAAAUAACAAAAGUUUCAAAUCUCAGCUGCAAGGUUAAUUCUAAAUAAAAUGAGUAAAACAGAAAAAAAAUAAACGCAACAAAACAGCGAACGUGUUGGCAGAAAGCCUUCGUCAGCGAACAAAACAAUAGAAAAAACGGUAUAAAAAUAAAAAUAAGAAAUAUAACUUAGCUGGUAAGUAGUAUCUGUAGGCAGCAAUACAAGUGUGGCAGAAGAAUAGUGAGUGAGAGUUUAAAUAAUCAGUGGCGAAAAAAAGGGGGAGAAAAAGUUCACUGUGAUAGGUCAGAACGUGGAGGGGCGGAGCUAGGGUCAAGCUGUGAAAAGAGCCAUAACAUUGAUCCCAUCUGGCGUCAAAGUGCCGUAAGUCAGGAUAAGUCUGUGUUCCAGAUUGACCCGGCUGGAGGUGUUCGUGCUAGCCACAAUCUCACUUAUUGAAAAGUCCGACUUGCCCUGGUGGUCGCUACUAUUGAAGUGUUUGGAGACGGGACACUGUUUAUCUUGUGUGAUGUUUCGGAGGUGUUCGGUACACCUGUCUGAGAGACGGCGUCUCCUGUAACUUUAUUAUUACCAGUGACAGAGUAAGAUAAUAUGAUAUGUGCGUCCACUGAAACUAAUUAAGGAUCUAAAUCAAAUACACAUCAAGCAAAACGGGAACGCAAACAUCAGUCAUCUACAUUUAGAUUAACUUUUUUUCGACAUCAACUCCAUCGCAGUAGGCACUGCGAUUCGUUUAGUUAUUACGUGGAUUAUAUAUACCUUUUGUUUAUGUAUUUACUAUUAGGAUAUUGUAUUUUACUAUAUUGGGGCGUUAUUUUACGAAUUUAGGAUCUCGACGGGUUAAGUUGUGUGCAAUAACCAAGAAAAUAUAAAAGCAAUAAUUUAAAUUUAAAAAAAGUAAAUUUAAAUCGCAUAUCAGCCACGAUGUCUCCGCUCAAGAUCGUCUAGUAUUCUAAGAAUACUAUUUAAAUUGUGGUACACUAUCUAGUGUCCCUGACGUUUUAUCAAGAAAAUUUCUGUACUGUCGGCGGGUCUGACGAACUGAGUUUUGUAUCCACUGUAUUACGGUAUCACAUUAGCUAUUUUUUUUGUUUAUUUGUAAACAAUUGAUGUAUAUUCAUUCAAUUAAGAAAUGUAAUGCUAAAAAAAACAUACACACAAAAAUGUUUAUAUAUUUAUAUGUUAUUCAAAUAUACACAACAUAUAUAUAUAUAUUAUGCAAAAUAAAUAGAGUGAGAGAGAGAGAAAGAAAGAGAGAGAGAGAAAGAGAUAUCUUAAAUUUCCCAGCCAAUUUAUGUACUACUUAACAAAAAUAUAUAUUAUUCUUUUUCAACAGCAUUAACAAAUAUCAUCCAUGGUUAAGUCUUCCAUCGCUUGUGGCCUUCAGGCUUGCCUAGGUCAGCGGUGGACCAAUGACGACUACAGCGAUUUUACUGUUGUUGUUGAAGACAAGGAGUUCCCAUGCCACAAAUUCAUUUUGGGUGCCUGUUCAACAGUUCUUAACGGACUUUUGCAUUCUAACAUGAUCGAAACUAUUCAGAAUAAGGCGAAUAUACAUAAUAUGAGUAAAGAAACGUUUACAGUUAUUUUAAAUGCUAUUUACAAAGGUGAAGAUGGCCUCACAGAGAACAAUGUGAUCCAGGUGUGGCAUGCUACACAUUUUCUGGACAUUCGUUACCUUGUAAAAGAGUGUGAAUACUUUGUCAAACAAAAUAUGACACUUUCUAAUUUUGAAGAAUUUUAUCAUCAUGCAAUCUUGCUAAACUCUGAGAGUGUUGGACACUUUGCAAAACGAUUUAUGAUUAAUAAUUUUGAAGAUAUUUGGGAAAGUACAACAUUCUUGAAUUUAUCAUUUGAGGACAUAUAUAUGAUAAUAGAAGACCAUUUUCUGAGUGCUAAAUCUGAAGACAUUGUCGUCGAGGCCGUAAUCAAAUGGGUCAAUCAUCAAGCUAAAAAAGACCAUUUAGAAAAAAAUGAUGAAAGGAGAAAAGAUGGGGUUCGUUUGGAUACUGUUACAAUUUCAAAUAAUGAGAAUGACGUAUUGCAAGAUGGUAGCAUCAGACAUCAUGACAAAGAAUGCUCGGAAAUGUUAACAAACUCUUUUCGGGAAUGUUCAACAGAUACUAAGGAAAGUGAACAGAAUGAUUCAGUUAAUGUUUUGACAAGGGUGAGUCACGCUACAGAUUUGAAAUUGUCUUCGACAUAUUUCAACAUGGAAGAAAAGCUUACAAAACUAUUAAAAGCCGCCAGACUUUGUUUAGCAAGCCGUGAACGUCUUGAGAAACUCAUGGUGAAUCCAUUGAUAACGUCAAACCCAGAAGCUUCAAAAGUGGUAUAUGAAUCUCUUCUGUUUCAUUGGAAGGCGUCGUGUUACAGCAGUCAUUAUAUUGUCAGGCAUAGAGAAUGCAGCGGAUUAUCUAAUGUCAUGGUUUUUAUCACAAACGGGAUAAUCAAAGUUUAUUCCCUGCAACGACAGUGUUUUUACACUAUUUAUAAUUUUAAUGACAGACAAGAAAAUAAGCCAUAUACGACAGGCAUAGCAGCUAUAAAUUCAAAAAUUUUCUUUAUUACAAAUGAUCGAUCAGAGAAGUAUAAUAUUAUAUAUAAACUAUUAGAUCCAGAUUUAAAGGAAUGGACGGUUGUUGCGAAAUCAGAUAAGUCUUUAAAUGGUGUACUUCUGAGUCACCAGGAUAAACUUAUUAAUGUACCUGAUAAUGAUGCUGUUUUCGUUACAGCAAACGAUGCUUGCUUUGUUCAUAUCACUAUUUCACGUAUGACUGUUGAAGCUGCUACAAUCGUCAAUGAUAAUAUUUUAGCCUUUUGCUCAUCAUAUAAUAGUAAGGAGAUCAUUCGAUACAACAUGAUUACAAAGAAGAAAACUAACCUUCCAAAUAUUGAUGGGCCUUAUAAAAAUAUCUCCAGCUUCCAACAAGACGAAAACGUGUACAUCUUACAACAAGAUGGAUCAUUAUGGGAAUUAUUAGUAUAUCCUGAUGAUGACAUAAUCUUCUCAUUCUUAGAUUUUCUAUGGGACGGAGAAAAGUCCAUUAAAGGUGUUGCAUGCUAUUCAGGUCAAUUGUUCAUAUUUUGUUAUCAAAGAUCAAAUGAAUCUUUGACAAGUUUGGUUACUGACGGCGAAUUACAAACAGAAAUGUGUGAAGCAAGUGAACUCGGUGUUUUUAAAAGCAUACAAUUUGUGAUUUCCGAUUUUGAUACGCAGGUCAUACCUAUGACUGUAUCAACGGAUUGUCUUAGUAAGGGCACUUUAGGCUAAAUCAUCAUACUAAAAUAUAUAUGGACUGCGCAAUAAACACAAUGAUUUAAUUUUUAUAUGUUUAUAAUAAUAAGCUAGCGUGUUUGAUAUUUGCUACUUGGUUUUAGAAUGCACAAUAAUACAAUAAUUAAAGUAAUAACAAAUGUACGUAAAAUUGCAAACAUUUAGCAACACAAACUUAAAACAAAUAUCUAUUUUAUUACAACUUUAAAAAAAAAAAAAUUACUCACACUUGUCUGUUCAUGUAUAAAAAUGACUUAGGUAACUAUGUAUAGAAAUCUGUAACAAAAAAUAUACACUAUACACCAUCGCUGUCAGUGAUUGACUUUCACUGUAGUAAACUUGUUCUAAAUAUUACAAGUGUAAUUUUAGCAGAGUUUAUCUGGGAUUAACUUGACAUAGGUAAAUAUGAUGAAUUGCGAGAUCACAACAAUUUUAAUUUAUCACAGUAAAGCAUUGAUCUUUUCGACAACACAAAUACAAUGUAUACAGGUCUAUAAGGAAGCUAGCACUAUUUUAUAUAUAUUGUUUCCCUUAAAUACAUUUUGGCCAAGCACCUUAAAUAAUUUCGAAGUUCACGCAUGUGUUUGGCCGGUUUUUACUAGUUUUUUUUUAUUUCAUCAAUUUUGUUACACACAAUCUAGUCUGUAGCUACAAAAUCAUUACAUUAUCUAGGUCUUAGGAAGUUGUGGAACUGUAUCAAUUUUGUAGGUUUUUCAUUCAAUUAGGGAGCAUCCACCUAUCAGAAAAGCCAAAAAAUAAAAAUAUCUUCGUGAUGCUUAAGUAUUAGAGCGGAUCCUAGGUUUAUUUGAUGUUCUGAUUAAAGGAAAAAAACCAACAAACAUACACAUUGAAGGCAUCUCUCCAUAACACUAAUAGUGUUCAAUUAAUUGAUUGCAUUUUUAAAUUUCAGUCAGCUUUAUUCAAUAUCUUUUGUGCGGAAUCUUGAUGUCAUU